AUGGCGCCAAUCCCUAUAACCAUCGUUACCGGCUUUCUCGGCUCCGGUAAAACCACAUUAAUUCUCAACCUUAUCCCCCAGCUGCGCAAGCAAAAUCCCGACUACAAACUAGCUCUGCUCAAGAACGAAUUCGGCGACCUCGCUGUCGACUCCCAGCUCGCCUCCAACUCUGCCAUUUCAGGCGUCCAAGAGCUUCUUAAUGGCUGCAUCUGCUGCAACUUGGUCGGCCAGCUCGGCCCGGCGCUCCAGGAACUCGAGACCACCGUCAAACCCGAUCGCAUCAUCAUCGAGACGUCUGGAUCUGCGUUCCCAGCAACAUUGGCGCUCGAAGUGAAUAGAUUAGCGAGAGAUUCCGGCAACUACACUUUAGAUGGUGUUGUGAGCGUCAUUGACGUGGAAAAUUGGGAGGGAUACGAAGACACAAGCUACACAGCCAAGAUUCAGGCGCGAUAUACCGAUUUGAUCGUCUUUAACAAGUGGGAGUCUGCUGGCGACGAUCGAUAUGAAGAGUGUGUUGACAGAGUAGGGGAUCUUGAGGUUGACGUCGCAAAGGUCAAAAGCAAAAAGGGCUGGGUUGGCAUGGACCUCGUAUUUGGUGUCGACGGUGGCCUUGCCAGCCAAUUGAGUGAGGACGAUCUCAAGAUGGCCAACGGCCACAACGGCCACACGCACGAAAAUGGCCAUGAGCACGAACACGAUCAUCAAAGUGAGGUGGAAGUUUUGUCGAUUGAAGUUAAAGGAGACUCUGCCACAAGAAUCUCCACUCCCGCUCUUCUUAAGCUCCUCCGCUCCGCGCCAAAAGACGAAGCAUACCGCAUAAAAGCGCUAGUGACACUCUCAGAAACACCUGAAAACUCAGACGAAGACGUUCCUCCCCCAGAACCCAACAAAAGCGGUCGAUAUAUCCUGAAUUGGGCGUUUGGCCGCUGGCUUUUCACGCCCGUCACGCAGUCAUUGCAAGAACAUGCUUCUAGCGAUGCUGCCGCGUUACGAAUGACGAUCAUUUUCGCACGAUAUGAGAGUAGAAAAUGGAAUAAGAAAAUUACAGCGGGUGGCUAUAUAGAUGUGGUAGGGAACGGUGACAUGAAGAUUACGAAGAUUUUAUAA